CUUUAACUAUAUGCUCUUAAGUCGAAACAGAUGGAGCUAUAUUUCUCGUUUUUUAAAAGAUAAUCACUGCAACACUGAAGUCACUGGGAACAUUAGCUUGUCACAAACACAAAGUAUCAGUCCGCUGGGUCGUGCCCCCCCUCAUAAACAUACAUAAAACAAUUAUCUCAUUUAUUUGAUGUCCUGCAUUACUUUUUGUGCAUCACCUCACAUAAAUGUAACAUAACAUCCAUCAAACAGUUUCCUCUAAAUUUUGCGUAAAUACUGUUUAUUUCAGUUUCUUUUCGGUUGUCAUGGUUACAAUAAAAUUCUGCGUCCAAAAUGGCGUCCUUACUCGAAGAGCAUCUAUUUGAAAUCAGGGGGCAGGGUCCACCUCCUACAAAAGAUUAUUUCCAACUUGUUAUUACCAAAAAUGAGGUAAUAUGGACAUCAUGGAAGAUUUCUGUGCGAGUCGAAUGUCGGGGCGCUGCACCCAAAGAGCUGAAGGCAUCUCAUGAAGAUUUCCUACAUCAGAAAAUGCUACAGCAAGAAGUUGGUGCUGUUUUUGGGGAGAGGAUCCUGGAAUACACAAUAUCACUUUGUCAAGGAAAGUUUGAUUACCUGGAGCGCUUACCUGAUGAUAUUUUGCUCAGAAUCCUGUCCUACCUAGAGCUGAAAAAUACAACACUGCUUGCACAGGCUUCACAAAGAUUUAGAAAGCUCUGCAAUUCUGAGAAGUUUUGGGAGCACACUGUAAGGAAUCGCUGUACUGAGUUUACCAGCGACAUGGAGGGCAUAGCAAAUUUCAUAGGCUGGAGGACAACCUUCUUUACUUUUUUCCACACCAGUGGCAGCAAUGAGCAGCAGUGAAGCAACUGGAAAGUUUGAUUGCCGUUCUCAAACAACUGCAAUACAAAUGCUAUCACAGUGAAUGGGUAGCCAGUAUUCAUUUUGCCCUUUGUGAAAUAAAAGCCAGUGUUUUCAGUGAG